AAGACCUCCAUGGAUCUAGUCGUGGCCCUAGUACUCUGCGUGUCCUGCUUGCUCCUUUUUUCACUCUGGAAUCAAAGCAAUGGGAAAGGGAAGCUCCCACCUGGCCCGACUCCUCUCCCAAUUAUCGGAAAUAUCCUGCAGCUGAGUGUUAAGGAUAUCAGCAAAUCUUUAACCAACCUCGCAAAAACCUAUGGGCCUGUGUUCACGCUGUAUGUUGGCAUGCGGCCCACCGUGGUGUUGCAUGGCUAUGAGGCUGUGAAGGAAGCCCUGAUUGAUCAUGGAGAGGCGUUCUCUGGAAGAGGCUAUUUCCCACUGGCUGAAAAAGCGAAUAAAGGACGUGGAAUCGUUUUCAGCAAUGGACAGGCAUGGAAGGAUAUGCGACGCUUCUCCCUCAUGACCCUCCGGAAUUUCGGGAUGGGCAAGAGGAGCAUUGAGGACCGCGUUCAAGAGGAAGCCUGCUCCCUCGUGGAGGAGUUUAGAAAAACCAAGGGUGCACCCUGUGAUCCCACUUUCAUCCUGGGCUGUGCUCCCUGCAAUGUGAUCUGCUCCAUUAUUUUCCAGAAACGUUUUGAUUAUACAGAUCAGGAACUUCUUAAGUUUAUGGAAAUGCUCAAUGAUAAUAUCAGGAUUCUGAGCAGCCCAUGGAUCCAGAUCUACAAUAUUUUACCUGGGUUCUUUAACUAUUUCCCAGGGGGCCAUAAAAAAAUACUUAAUAAUGUUGCAUUUUUGGACAAUUAUGCUUUGAAGAAAAUAAAAGAGCACCAAGAUUCCUUGGACGUUAACAAUCCUCGGGACUUCAUUGAUUGUUUCCUGAUCCAGAUGAAACAGGAAAAGUACAGUAAAUAUUGGGCUAUUGAGAACUUGAUAACCACUGUAAAUGACCUGUUUGGAGCUGGGACAGAGACGACAAGCACCACCCUGAGAUAUGGUCUCCUGCUGCUGAUGAAGCACCCGGAAGUCACAGCUAAAGUCCAGGAAGAGAUUGACAAUGUGGUUGGCCGACACCGGUGCCCCUCCAUGCAGGACAAGAGUAAUAUGCCCUACACAGAUGCCACGGUGCAUGAGAUCCAGAGAUACAUUUCCCUCCUCCCGACGAACCUGCCGCAUGCAGCGAUCCAGGACAUUAAAUUCAGAAAUUACCUCAUCCCCAAGGGCACGACCAUAAUAACCUCGCUGACAUCUGUGCUUCACAGCGACAAAGAAUUUCCCCACCCAGAGACGUUUGACCCCGGCCACUUUCUGGAUAAGAAUGGCAACUUCAAGAAGAGUGACUACUUCAUGGCUUUCUCUGCAGGAAAACGUUCUUGUGUGGGAGAAGGCCUGGCCCGCAUGGAGCUGUUUAUAUUCCUGACCACCAUUUUGCAGAAAUUUACCCUGAAGCCUCUGAUUGAUCCAAAGGAUAUUGACAUCACUCCAGUUGCCAAUGGGUUUGCAUCUGUGCCGCCCCCAUUCAAGCUCCGCUUCAUUCCUAUCUGAAAAGGGAUAGAUUUUCAGACUAAUUCUGUGCUGUCAUCUAUAGAGCUCCUCCACUGAGGGACCCUUCACUUCCAUCCACACCACCAAUGUUCUCCCCUGAACUCUCCUCUCUACAUCUUUCAAUCCUUCCAGAUCCAGCAAAAAUUCAUCCAUUAAGGAGUUUUAUCUGUUUCACAGAAUAAACUUAAAUCCUAUUUUCCAUA